AUGGAAGAAGAAGAACCCGAAGAACCCUUCGUCGACCCCACCAAAGUCGACGACAUGACCUUCAUCGACAGGGUCACAACCCAAGACUUCGACAUGUACCAGGAACAAGACCAAACAAAGGAUCUACUAUUAUACAGCGCCUUCAACAGAUGGUGGAAAAACAAAACUGACAAGAAAAAAUCCCACAAGGGCGAAGGAGGCGGGAAAGGUGUAGACGUUGCUGCCAAGAAUUUGAGGGUUUCUCAGUUAAGGAAUUAUCAAUCUGCUGAACGAUAUUUUGUCCCGGGGGAGAAGGAACCGUAUUUUCUGGAGGGGCCGAAUAGUAAUAGGGAUACUUACUAUUGGAAUAGUCUUUCCUUUGGGGCGGUGGGUAGUGGGAGUAUUUGGAAGAGAGGGGUUACGCCGGGGAGGUCGGGGUCAGGCGGAAAUAAUUCUAAGACGGGUGAAAGGGAAGGUGCAAAGAAGGACGAAUCUACUGAAGGAGGAAAAGAAGAAGCUAAGAAUAACGAUGAGGAUAAAGAACAACAAGACCAAGUCGAUAAACCCUCUAAGAACGGCCAAACAUAG